AUGUCGGACCUGAAUGCAAACGAGAACGAAAGGGAAACAAACCCGAGUGCUUCUGAAGUACUACAAGCGGCUACACAUCAAUUAAUUGAUGACCUUGUGCAGAAUCCCACGGGUCGCCAGCGUAACUAUAAUGAAGGGGGUUGUACUGUAGAGCAAUUCAAUCGAAUGCACCCCCCUUUAUUUGAUGGGAAAGGCGAUCCAACUUUAGCGGAGGAUUGGAUUCAGGACAUUGAGGAGAUUUUUCGAGUCCUAACCUGUUCAGAUGAACAGAAGGUGGCUUAUGCCACCUUCAAGUUAACCGGGGAGGCAAAGAGGUGGUGGAUCUCUGAAAGAACUAUCAGAGAAGCAGAGGGGACAGAGAUAGUUAGUUGGCUGCACUUCAAACAGAUCUUUCUUGAGCGCUUCUUCCCUAGCUCGUUCCAUGAGGAUAAGGCUAUGGAAUUUGCCACCUUGGUACAGGGAACAAUGACGGUACAUCAGUAUGCAGCUAAGUUUACUGAGUUAUCCUGCUUUGCUACUUAUCUGAUUCCUGAUGAGGAAAAGAAGGCACGCAAAUUUGAGCAAGGACUGAAUGAGAAACUUUAUGAGCGCGUGGUGGGUUUUCAGAUUCGGAACUUCUCAGAAAUGGUGAAUAAGGCCACAGUUUUUGAAAGAACCCUCCAAAGAAGCGCUGCAUUACAUGAACAAAGGAAAAUGACUACUCCUAUUGGGUACCAUUUUGGCAUGGACCAGGGACCGUGGAAAAAGAGGAAUGAGUAG